AGCGGUUCAGUUGACAGGGGUGACAAACAGUAGUCUGAUAGCUCGCCUAGCUGUUACUGUGUUGCCUGCUGAUAGUCGGUAGCUGUCGUAUCGCUUGCCUCCUUUCGUAUGCAAACAACGUAAAACUUUAAGAUAGCUUUGCAACCAAACUGACAACUUCAAGAGUGAAACACAGACUGCUUUCUCGCUGUUGCACGUCUCAAUGGACACUGCUCAGAAAUUGGUGUCGGGAUUUUCUCUGGACCUGGGACCAUUGAAAGAACCCCUUGGUUUUAUUCGUGUCCUAGAAUGGGUGUUUGCCAUCUUUGCCUUUGCCACCACUGGAGGUUACUCUGGGACAACCCACUUCACAGUCACCUGCCCAGGAUCCCAGGAGGUGCAGGAUGUAACGGCUGUGUUUGGCUACCCGUUCAGGUUGUCAGCACACUCAUAUAAGAUACCGUCAUGUAACAGCAGUCCAUCCAAUGAGACCUUCCUGCAGGGUGACUUCUCUUCUUCGGCUGAAUUCUUUGUGUGUAUCGGUGUGUUUGGGUUCCUUUAUUGCACUGCCACGCUGAUCCUCUACCUGGGAUACCAGAGUGUCUACCGCCAGACCACCCGAGGUCCCAUCAUAGACCUGGUGGUGACCGCUGCCUUUGCCUUCCUGUGGCUUGUGUCCUCCUCAGCCUGGGGCAAAGGCCUGACUGAUGUCAAAGUGGCCACUAACCCGGAGCACCUUGUGGAGUCGUGCAAGGAAAUCUGUAAAGCAGGAAAUUUUCCCUCCAUGGGUCGCCUCAAUGCCUCUGUGAUUUUUGGCUUUUUGAAUUUGAUCCUGUGGGUGGGUAACUGCUGGUUCAUUUACAAGGAGACUCCUUUCCACAAGGAUCCAAGCCCACCGGCCACCAUGGAGGAAGGAGGUGCCCCUGGGCCCUAGCCACAUGACUGAAGGUCCUCGAACAUAGCCCUGUACCCACAGCAGAAGUGCUUUGUGCCCAAUGCUAGUUUCUGAUGUUAACCUGCAGAAAUGGAAACAAACAGAAGGCAGUUGUCCUACACACCCCUCAUACUUCCCAACUUAAUCCAGUCCUCAACAACUGAGCAACACUAUGUUUUUUUUGUUUGUUUGUUUGUUUUUUUAAUGUUCAGAAUCUGUCAACUCCCAAUUCCUGUGUGCCUUGAAAACACAAAGUGCAAAUACAAACUGAAGUGCUUACACACUACGUAAAAUAAAAGCUAUUGUGUAUGUAGCCUUAGGCCAACAUAAAAUUGUAUGUAUUUGGUGUUGAGAGCAGCAGGUCCACAGUAUGUUUGCCUGCACGUUGGCUCAUUUUCCCCUAUUGAUGUCUAUUCAGGGUCUCAACUUGUGAUGAAAUUGUGAUGUAGUAACCCACAAAUCUCUAUCGGUCCUAACCAAGGGAAAAGGCCAAAGCAUUAACAUAGAGUGGACUCAAACAGCCCUUACAUUCAAUAACGGAAGUAAACCUUGUUGGCGGAGGCAAAUGCACACCUGGGGUUUUCUCUCAAGCCUGGCCAGUAAAGGCCUGCUCUUCUUGCAUUAUGUUAUUUGUAAAAAUGAAGCUCUACAGUACAGAUUUCAUGUACUGUAAUUCUAGAUGAGCCUGCAAUAUAUUGAAUGCUCCUCUUUUUUUUCCCCCAUCAGUUAAAGCAACAGCUGAUACCAGAGCCCCGCUUUAUAAUCAGACUAUGGUAUGUGUUUAUCAAAUGCACUCUCCUUUUCUGAACUGUGCCUCCGAGGCACAAGACAUCUAAUGAUUAAACUAACAGCCAUGCUAUUCCCCUAUGAAUGUUCUGAUCUACUGACACACGCCCAAAUACACUACACGAAUGCUUCAACAGUCUUUGAUUUUCUUGAGCUUAACAGUUGAUGGCAAAAAGAUUAUGCACUGUAAGUGGGGGGGGAAAUAAAAUCACAGCACGUUCUGCUGCCCCUCUCUCUCUACGUGAGCAGAGACUUUAACUGUCACGGUGUCAUUUUGAGCGAUGUUCCAAGUUUGCCUCAGUCCUGUUUAUUUUCAGUCUCUCUGCAUGUUUACUCCCAUAGCUGUUGUACAUGACUUCACAGUGUAAGUGACUGAUUCAUGUCAGUCCCUCUUUGAUCAAAAUGUUACACUGACACUACUCAGCAAAUAAGGCUCAUCCUUGUUGUAAAGGUGACCUGCAAUGACAUUAUUUAUGUACAGUUCGUGCGUAUUUUUAUCUACAUUAACUGGUCUGUUGCAUAUUUUUAAAACCAAUGCUGGGUUUCUGCUUCUUCUUCUUUUUUUUUGUGUAUAAUUGUCAGAUUUGUUGUUAAAUUUGUUGUACCAUUGAGUAGCCUUAAAGAUACAGUUCACCUCAAAAUCAAAACUGCUUAUUUUUCCUAUUACUUAUGGUGCCAUUUAUCCAUUUAGAUUGUUAUGGUGUGAGUUCCUGAGUUUUGGAGCUAUCAGCUGUAGGGAUGUCUGCCUUCUCUUGAAUAUAAUGGAACUAGAGUGGAUUUCACUUGUUGUGCUCAAAGUGUCAAAAAAUACAUUUUAAAAACUCAAUAGCAAUGUGUCUUUACUGAAAUUGUGAUCUGUUUACUCAAGAUAAUCCACACACUCUCACUUGUGAGCUGAUUCAUGUAUGAACAUAUUUCUUUCUGCAUCGCCGUGAAGAAGGAAGCACCUGCUGGAAGAAAGGCAAGCUAGCUAAGUAAGCUAGCUACAGUUCCCAUCCCGCCCUAUGUCGAGCGCGAGCCUCCCCUCCACAAGUAGAUGCACAUUUCCUUCUGCACGGUGAUCCGGUGUAGUGUGGUAUAAGAAAAAAUAGUUCUUCAUGAAACCACUCACCUCCAGGCCUGUGGAUUACCUUUAGUAACCAGGUUAUGAUUUCUGGAAAGAGACAUUUUGACAUAUUCUGAUCCUUUGAGCACCAUAAGUAAAGUGCCAUCUAAUUCCAUUACUUUGGAGAGAAGGCAGAUUUGGGGGUUGAACUGUUCCUUUAAUCUUGUGAUGAUAAAUAGUUAAGUAAUGAAAAAAAGUGACAAAUUGUGGUUGCCAAAUUGUGGUCCUGCUGUAUUUCUUUAUGACUACUUCCCAUAGUUCUUUUCUACAUGUAACAUGACAUAAAUUGGAAGAUUUUCUUUUUUUUUUUACUGAGCCCAUACAGUGGUUCUGAGUCACUGCUGAAGAUUUAAGAUAAAUUUGUCAACACAUUGAUUGUUUGCUGUUUGCAUUGCACUAAGAUGGAUCUAACGAUGCCUUUGAAGUAACUGUUAAUUUGAGUUAUUUUGCCAUCUGGGCAGCUGUUUCAUCGCAUUUCAUUGCCAUCGCCUCUGUAGGGAAUAAAUGAGGGGCUGCUUGGGUCACUGUAAGUGAAGUAAUAUAUUUUUCACAUAAUAUUGAAAUUAGGCACAUAUUAAGUAAGAUGCUUUAUCAUUUUUAAAAGGUAAAUCUUAGUUUAAUUAGAGCACAGUGAUAUGUGGAUGUUUAUGUAAUGAGUUAUUGACAUUGGACUUUAUGUAUUUUAUGCAAAAGGAAACAGUGGUUUAUCUGUGUCGACGUGUAAAAACAUGAGAGCUGCAACUGCUGGA